ACACGGGAGACGCGGCUGUAAAGUGCGCUUGCGCGGAGUCCUACGCCGCUGUGGAACCUAAGCGGCGGUUCCGCUUUUCCAGACGAGAAGGACAGGAAAAUGAAACAAUAAAAGCAUCAGUUAUGAGGCAAUGCUUAAGUGAACUAUGGCAACACCGGCUGACUGUCCCCAAAGUGAAUUGCAGGAGCAGGAAGAGGAGCCCAUGGGGUUUGGCGAGGCCCAGCUCUUGCAGGAGGGUGUGCAGCCACAGCCAGAGGAAUUUGUGGCCAUCGCAGACUAUGCUGCCACUGAUGAGACCCAGCUCAGUUUUUUGAGGGGAGAAAAAAUUCUUAUCCUGAGACAAACGACAGCUGACUGGUGGUGGGGUGAGCGGGCAGGCUGCUGUGGGUACAUCCCAGCGAACCACAUGGGGAGACAGGUGGAAGAGUAUGACCCUGAGGACACGUGGCAGGAUGAGGAGUACUUCGGCAGCUACGGGACUCUGAAACUGCAUUUGGAAAUGUUGGCAGACCAACCACGGACAACAAAAUACCACAGUGUCAUCCUGCAGAACAAGGAAUCCCUGAAGGACAAAGUCAUCCUGGAUGUUGGCUGUGGUACUGGCAUCAUCAGCCUGUUCUGUGCACACCAUGCACGACCCAAGGCGGUAUACGCUGUGGAGGCCAGUGAGAUGGCACAGCACACGGGCCAGCUGGUCCUGCAGAACGGCUUUGCUGACACCAUCACCGUGUUCCAGCAGAAGGUGGAGGAUGUGGUACUGCCUGAGAAAGUAGAUGUCCUGGUGUCUGAGUGGAUGGGGACCUGCCUGCUGUUUGAAUUCAUGAUUGAGUCCAUCUUGUAUGCCCGGGACACAUGGCUGAAGGAGGAUGGGGUCAUUUGGCCGACCACUGCCGCCCUGCACCUGGUGCCCUGCAGUGCUGACAAGGAUUACCACAGCAAGGUCCUCUUCUGGGACAAUGCCUACGAGUUCAACCUCAGUGCGCUCAAAUCUUUAGCAAUCAAGGAGUUUUUUUCAAAGCCCAAGUAUAAUCACAUUCUGAAGCCAGAAGACUGUCUCUCUGAGCCCUGCACCAUACUGCAGUUGGACAUGAGAACCGUGCAGAUCUCUGAUGUAGAGACCAUGCGUGGGGAGCUGCACUUCGACAUCCAGAAGUCCGGGACCCUGCAUGGCUUCACAGCUUGGUUCAGUGUGCACUUCCAGAGCUUGGAGGAGGGCCAGCCACAGGAGAUGCUCAGCACUGGCCCACUGCACCCCACCACACACUGGAAACAGACCUUAUUUAUGAUGGAUGACCCAGUCCCAGUCCACAAGGGAGAUGGUCACAGGUUCCGUUGUGUUGCAAAGAAACCCAGUAUGGAGAAGGCACAUGUCAGUUACUCUGAGCUGGGCUGUGACUUCCAGACAAGACCCGACAUCUCAAAAAGUUGGAGAGAAAGUCUUUCCAAUCUGGAGAUGACAGUUGAUGAGCUGCUUAGGAAGCAGGGAUGAGGGAUGAGGAUGCAUCUGGCUGCCAGCACACCCACACUGGGAAGUCCAUGCCUGUUUGUGCCACCCUGACCCCUUUCCAGCCUGGCAGGUGACAUCAGGACCCUGCACAGGCAGGAGCCCCUGUUGCUAUUGCCCAGUGUUGUCCCUCUAGAGUAGGCUGUGUCCCCCGGGUGUCUGCUCUGUGCUGCCCACACUGCGGCCUGCAGGUGGUUGUGGCUCAGUGUCCUAGCUACGUGUAGUUCUAGGCUCCUCAGACACGUGCAUGCAGCUGUGUAGCCUGUGGCCGUGACAUUCACGCAUCAUGUGUCGGUGGUAUCCAUGCUGCCCUUGACUUAGCCCCUCCAUGUGCAGGACAUGGGGCUAUGGAGCAGGGUGGUGGGCGUGGGGGCUACAGUGCUGCUGUGGCUCUGCAUGAGAGCUGGAGCUGGCAGUGCAUGUGAGGGUCUGCAUGGGAUGGCUCUGUGUGUAGGUAUCUUCCAGGUAAAUUAUGUGUUGGACAUAGUACAUGCUCAAUAAAUAUUUUUAAAUGAACUAAUGCUA